UGAAGCUGCUGCAGGGCGCCGGGCCAGCGAGCGUGUUCCUCCCACUCGCUUCCAACAAGCCACAAGGCUGCACAUUGUGCUCCGAGCGGCCAACCGACCAACGUCCCACAGUCGGCUUCUCACCCUUCCUCCAAAGGUGAAAAAUGGAGACCUUUAAUCAUGAACUCAACACCUACUUUGAAUCCUGGAUGGGUCCCAGGGAUAAGCGGGUGGAGGGAAUGCCGCUGCUCGACAGCUACCUACCAACCUUUGCACUCACAGUCAUGUACCUCCUGAUCGUGUGGCUGGGACCCAAGUGCAUGGAACAGAGGCAACCCUACUCCUGCCGGGGCCUAAUGGUGCUCUACAAUUUGGGCAUCACGCUCUUGUCCUUCUACAUGUUCUAUGAGCUUGUUACCACGGUGUGGCAUGGUGGCUACAAGUUCCUCUGCCAGGACACACACAGUGCCCCGGAAGUGGACAACAAGGUCAUAAAUGUGCUGUGGUGGUACUACUUCUCCAAGCUCAUUGAGUUCAUGGACACCUUUUUCUUCAUUCUACGUAAAAAUAAUCAUCAGAUCACAUUUCUUCACAUCUACCACCAUGCUAGCAUGCUGAAUAUCUGGUGGUUUGUUAUGAACUGGAUCCCCUGCGGCCAUUCAUACUUUGGUUCUUCCCUAAACAGCUUUGUCCAUGUUGUGAUGUAUUCUUACUAUGGCCUCUCAGUCAUCCCUGCCAUCCGCCCGUACCUUUGGUGGAAGAGGUACAUCACACAGUUACAGCUGAUCCAGUUCUGUUUAACCAUGUCCCAAACCAUCUGUGCAGUCGUGUGGCCAUGUGGCUUCCCCAGUGGAUGGCUGUGGUUCCAAAUAUGUUACAUGUCCAGCUUCAUUAUCCUUUUCUCAAACUUCUACAUUCAGACCUACAAAAAACAAAGCGCUUCUCGGAGGAAGGAGCAUCAGAAUGGCUCCUCUGCGUCAACAAACGGACAUGCAAACGGAACGUCACUGAUGGAACACGGCGCCGCCAGGAAGCUGAGGGUGGAUUGACGUUUGAGAAACCGUCACCAAGUUCUGACUGUAGCGUGUUAGCUAAUGCUGCUGGGGGUUAUAUUUAUCUUCUUAUCUACAAUAGUCUAGAACUCACUUAAGAAGAAAUAAGCCAUAGCCAUAUACACUACAUCCAGAGACUUCAUUUGUUUUGCACACAUUACUGCUCAUGGUAUCGAAUUAAUAUAAUUAUGAGGUGACUACUGUAGUAUUUUGACACUGUACAAUAAGCCUUCCUCACCUUUUAGAGUUAAUUCAUUGAUGAAAAAAAAAAAAAACAAAAAAAAAACAAAACAAGUUUUACAGUAAACACACACACAAUUACUCUCAUUCAGUGAUGCUUUAUACAACUAAAGUCCAAAGAUGAAUGAUCAGGUCUGAUGGCAGAUAAAGGCUUUAUUACAUGACAUCAAGUUAAAGGGACAAUUAAGAAAAAAAAAUGAAAGUGCUUUCUAUGACCUUUAAUGUGUAACUUUAUCUCCCUCCUGUCUGUGUGAUCACGUCAUCUAAAAUCGUGCUCAGUAGUACUUUAAGCUUUUCCAGACAGGGCCUAAUGGCAGGAAGUAGAUAUCCGCAGGUAUAUUUGUAUCACAGCGGCUCAACUUUGGACUUCAUACCCAACUAAUCAUCAAAUAACCAAAGCAUAGUGUUCUUCACAUGCAUAUGCUUGGAUAGAUAUCCAGUCACAGUUUGAGAGGAGAGCUAUGGCGCAUUAAUAACCCACUUCUGGUUCAAAUCAAUAUUAUAAACACCAUAGGAUCUGUCAAAGCUAUUAAUACUGUAAUCGCACUGUUGCAACAGGUGAUACCUGUUAGCCCUGGCAGCAUUUAUGAAUAAUUAGAUAUAACAAAUCCAUGAAGUGAUUGUAAUCUUUCUGUUCAGGUGCAUUUGGACAAGGUCAACUAUAUAAUUCUGAUGUAUGAUACAAAGAUGACAUCAUUCUUUAUUUAGUUUAUAGUGUACACACAGUGGUGCUAGAAAUUUUUUAUUUGUAUAUAAAUAUGACCUGGUGCAGCAGAUUGUUGCGACGGUCAAAGUAAAUAAAGAGAACUCAACGAAAGAGAAAUAUCCAUCCAUCCAUUAUCUAUACCCGCUUAAUGGGGACCUGCUGGAGUCUAUCCAAGCCCUCUUUGGGCAAAGCACAGGAGUAACUCCCUGGACAGGUCACCAAUCCAUCACAGGGCCACAUACAGACAAAACAACAGCACACACUCGCACUCAGUCCUAAACCCAUGUAACUGCAGAAAAACCCCCACAAGUGUGGGAACAAAACACAAACUCCACUCAGGAAGGAUCAGAUCAGAAGCCUCUUACUGUGAGGCAGUAACCACCAAACCAUGAGUCAAAAUGUGGAAAAUGAUCCAUUUAUUAUAAAUCUGUGAAAAGCAUAAGUGCCAGACAAUUUGCUUUCAGUCUCUUGUGCACCAACAAGUGGAAGUAAGCGUUCACUAACAGUGUGUAAGUACCGCACAUGAGCUUGGAGAAAUUUUACUUCUCAGUUUCUGACAGAGCGGAUCAAACACUUGAAUGUUGGUGGGGUCAGGUCCUUCCUCAACAUCUCUUUUGGACUAAGUUCAGAACUUUAUCAUUAAAAAAUACAUAAAUUAAUUGUUUAUUUAACCAUUCUUUGGCAGACAGCAUGACUUACUUUCUGUUUGGUUCGUGGUAAGAUUUCCUUGCAUUUUCCUUAAAAAAAAAAAUCAAUCAAGAGUUUGGAAAUCAUGAAUCCAUCAUAAGCUAUUGUUCUAAACCUUCUCAGUUAAACCAAAAAGUUUGAGUUUGGUCUUAUCUAUGCACAAAGGAUUUAGAGAACCACAGACCACAUUGUUCUCUUUGGUGAGCGCUGGCUUCUUCUGAGCUCCUGCCAUGCACUUAGGCCUUUAUUUAUUAUAGAUAUUAUGUAUCUCUUUCCAAACAUCAUCUUUGUUGGUUGAUGAGUCCUGUGAGGGUGCACAAUCUGACUAUGGAUUGAUGAAAAACCAAGUCCACUGAGGCGGUUUAGCACUUCUUAACUAUUUUCCUAAAGUUCUUAGACAUUUCGUACGUACGUGCCAUAACACAGUAAUACCACAAACAGGUAUUGCGGACUCUUGCCACCUGGUACAUCUGUAUUCUUUCAAUAAAGGUAUUUGCCAAGUCAUACCUGAUUGUUACCCCACUGACUGAAAGCACCUGCUAAUAUUUUUCUUGGAUUUCUUUGAUCAUAUUCUCUUUUUCAGCAUUUGCAUCCAUUUGUGUCCUGAUUGUGUUACAUUAGCGGCCAUAUUUAUGCCACAGAGAAAACUUUCAAGCACCCCUAUUCUUAGUGUGCCUUAUGGACCUGCUAAUUUCUUUUCUAAUGUAGCAUUAGACAAACGUGGCAGCAGUAGAAGACUGUGCUUGUAUCUAAAAUCCUCAUUUGACUUGUCUUAAGUUUUUCGUUAUUGAUCUGAACCUGGUCUAAGGUGGUCUAGAUGGAUGAUUUUUUUUUUUGCAUUUUUACCAUUAGAAUUAAGGUUUCUCUAAAGACAAAGUAUAUUAAAUAUAGUCUUUAGCAUCUAAGAGAUCAUUUAACCCUGGUUUGAGUGAUUUAAAUGUGUGUUUUUUUUAUUGGGACUUGGUCCAAGGUGGUCCUGGUGCUCUGAAUAGCUGUGGCCCUGUUCCCUUCUGCUGAAUCGGAAGCUAACGUCAGGUUGUAGAGGGAGCGUUCACAUGAUACAGCUUGCAGCAUGUCUGCUUGACUAAGGAAGCUUCUCGUAAUCUGCCCACCUUAUCAGAAGAUAGGAAUGCAGGGGGAAAAAGAGAACGGCUGAUUCGAUGAACAAAAUCGGUCAACCCAACCCACACUUUUGACUCAAAGUAGCACUGCCCAAACAUGUAGACCUCUGUUCACCCACAAUGCACUGGGAAUUAACUAAACUGAAUCAGAAAUGUAAAGCUCACAUCCUUCUGUAUGAUGAAAUCUGCUUCUACCACAAAAACAAACGUGAACCACAUCUAUUCUACUUUUUUACUUCCAACUACACCUAAGAGCUGUUUUAGCACCAAUUACAGUAGCACUGAUUUGUAGCUUGACUGGGAAAAAAAGGUCAAGGAACCAUAAAACUGUUAAAAAUGAUUGUGCUUUAUAUAUGAAUAGAUAUAUUUUCUGAAAUGUUGGGUAAUUUUGGGCUCAUGUGUUUUGACUUAAGCUUUACUCACUGUAACACAUUAAAAACAAAUGAUUGUAAA